CAGCUGAUGCACUUAUUGCAACGAAAAUAAAUUUAGGUUUCAGAGAAGUACAGUCUAAGUUGCGUAAUGGUUGGUAUAUUAAUGAGAAUAGUGAGAGAUAUGUACAAUCGAUGAUAUUUUCAGAUAAUCAUCAAUUAAAAGGGCAACUAAAGGGUAUUAAGCAAGUACUUAAAGAAUGUAACCUUUAG